AUCCCAAGGAUUGUAUCUGAAUGUGAACGGGUGUGCAAGUCUUCAUAAUUCCGAGAAGCAGAGAGAAGCAGUCUUUCCUCCCUUGCGUUUCUGCCUGGUUUCCGUGGAAACUGACCCACGCACCGAAAAGAGCGACAAUGGAAGAGACGGAGCUGUACAAGCAGAGGCUGCAGGCCAUAGCUGAGAAGCGUCGUAUUCAGGAAGAGCAGGAGCGAUCGAGGAGGGAGAUGGAGGAGGAGAGACUGCGUUUGCAGCAGAUGAAGAGGAAGUCCUUGCGAGACCAGUGGCUGAUGGAGGGGUCCGCAGCUCCGUUGGACUCUUCCGUCCCCAGGUCCCCUCUGUGGGGCUCCCCGGCACAGCAGCUCGAGGAACGGAUCAGCAAGCUUCAGACAGAACAGAGUCGCCUGGCAGAAGAGGAAACACACAUCGGCAAACAGGAGGGCGCUGAAGCACUGAAGCAUGCUGGGAAAGACGCAGAGAAGACCCAGGUUGUCCUGUUAGACUCGAAUGAAGAAUUUACAGCAUCGCAGAUCCCCACUCCUGUACUUGCUGCACCCCCCAAACCAGCUGUGAGGUUACGAAGAGCGCCCCCUACUGACGAGGCAGCCAUGGCGAUCGGAGAGGGGGACAGGGCAGCCAUGUUCGCUGUGCAGAAAAACUUGAAGACUGGAGACGCCACUGUUCUGUCCACCGUCCCUCUGGAUGCCCAGGAGUUUGAGGCCAAAGGACAUAAAGUGUUUGACGAUGGCACCAAGGGCAUCUUCGCUGUGGGAGCUGGCUCUGAGAAAGAGCUCAGCCCAGCGGAGCUGGACAGACUCCUGAACCAGACAGCAUGGAAGAAGUCAGAAGACGAAGCAGAGCCUCCACAUAACGACAAAAAAGACCUGAACGUGGCGAUCCACAAUGGAGGAAAGGAAAUAACAACGAACCACAAUCCAGAAGAACACUCUGAGCUGGCUUCUGAAAAAGAGGUGAACGAGCAAGGCAAAGAACAUCUAGAGGCAGGAGCGGAGAACGCCCAUGACGUCACCCUCAACCACAAUCCUCCAGAAUCACUUCAAGAAGACCAACCCAAGACCAACGGUCCAGUCAACGGGUUUGAAAAGCUGGGAGAUCAAACCGUGAAAUGUGAAGAAGAAGAAGAAGAACCAGUGAUCUGGGAAAAUGGACAGACCCUGAAAUCAGAAGGAGAUGUACAAGAAACAAAAGCCUCCAAACCUGAGGAUCUAGACAGCCUGAUGGAAAACCCUGUCAGCCUCACCUUCCUGGGGUUUUCCGAUGCAAAGUCCGAGGAGGAAUCGAAGGAGGUUAUGGGAGAAAUCAGGCGGGCGGAACAUGUCACUAUCACAGAGGAAGGAGAGGAAAUACCCAUGGAGUCUGAACCUCUAGAGCCCUCUGUUACAGAUCUAGACGGGGAGAAAACAUCUGAAACAAUCCCAGCUCUCUGUCUUCGGGAACAGGCCGCUGAGACAGAGGUUGUGCCGAACGCUGUCAGCCGAACAGGAGUCUGUGACGAACCCGCUUCGGAAGAUCCCAAAGAAAUUUAUAAAGAAGUGGAUCUUGCAGACAUCACCUUAGAGCCAGCUACAGGUCUCCCGGCUCCAGAAACCGAAUCUUCUUUAAUCCCCACUGUGCAGGAACAAGUAGAGGAAACCCCAGAGAAACCAGAAAUUCAGCCCUUGCUGAAAGAAGCAGCAGCAGCAGGGACCAAGAGCCCUCCCAAGCCUUCUGAACAGGAGCCCUUGUUGGCUCCGACAGCCCAGCCUCCUCCCGUGGCAGCAGCCAGAGGAGAGCUCCCGUCUUCGGCCAUCAAGGGAGCCGAGUCCCCCAGCAGGGACGUGGAGAGCAGAGCAGAAGCACUCGAGCCCUCCCGGCCCAAACAGCAAGCCUGCCAGUGCUGCUCCCUCAUGUGACUGCCCCCCCCCCCCCCAUCCCAACAACCUUAUCCAGGGCUUGAAACUCAAACCAGCCCACUCUCAAAACCUAAUUAAGACAGUGUUUAACAAGCAGGAGUUUGAUAGCGGCUCCUGUUAAGUAUUAAGUAAGACUGGUUUCACGCCCUGGGCAGCCCUAUAUCUUUAUAACUACCUGACCAGGUAAAGCACCUGGGUGGGGUUAGGGUGCUGUUUGUUGAGUUGGCUCAUUGGACACAUCUCACAGAGCUGCCAUUUCCAGCCAGUAACAGCCAGGGGGAGGGCUGAUCAUUACUUCAGAGUAUGUGAAAUAUUUUGGUUAGCUCUGAAUUUGAAGUACAGCUCGAAUGUGUGUUUGAAGACCCAUAUGGAAGGUGGUGUGUAGGAAUCAAUCGAAUGAAUCCCUGCUCAUCCCCGACACUGUGUGAAGAGAGUAUAUAUAAACCCCAUGUUAAAUCCACAUAUCGGUCUUUAAAGUUUGGUUGUAAUACAUGUGGGGCAUUUUAGCACAGCUUUCCCCUUGUAUUAUUCACUGCUGAGAGUCCUGAUCACAUCUGGCUUUCAAUUCAGAUGUGUUGCAGUGAGGGCAGUAGGGACAUAUGCUUAGGAAAAACAUGUUCAACGCUCUCUCCUUUAUAUUGAAUCAGACCUUGAGUUUUUUAAAUUUUUAUAUUUGCCUUUUUAAGUGUCUGCAAGCUUGCCUUGUACGUUCUUAUUUUAUUUUUUUCUGCCCUAUAAACGAUCUGAAUCUGUUAUCACAAGUCAGUAUCCUCCCUGUGCUGGUUUGCAGAUUAAUUACUUGUUAGACAUUGUUUCCACUAGGCAGAAACCAAAGGGCAACUUGGUUCACUGCUUUUUUUUUUUUUUUUUUUAGAGAUAACCAAAAUCAUUUCUCGUUUUCAGACGUUCUAAAAUAAACACAAUAAAUUUGACGACAAACGUUCCGACUCGAAAGCGUUUCUCAGCGAGUGGCUCGUGGUGGAUACCGCUGUCACUGGAUGGGUUUGUUUUCUGGUAGUAUUUCUAUAAGCAGCGCUGUGCAGUGUUGAGUUGGGAGAAACUGUUGCAGUCUUUGCUUCCUUGGCUUGUCUCUUCUCAUUGUGUUUUUUUUUUGGAUAUCUGCGUGUCGGGGUUCUGUACCAACAGACAGCAAGAGCUUGAAAUCAAUACAUGUGAAUUGCAAAACGUUAUUGGAUUUUAUGCAUACAAUUUAAAAAAAAGCAGAUACUUUAGAAAAUGUGCAGUUCUGAGAUGCCUACAUUAAAUUCACUUUGUGUACAGUUCUUUACAAAAAUGCAACAGUAGUAAAAAUGAAUACAUCCAUGAAAGGUUUUAGCAAAUAUGAUUUUCGUUUUUAAACGUGUUUUGAUUUAUACGUUCAUUUAAGGGAAGCAAAGCAAACAAAAAAAAAAAAACAGUUGCAUGAGAUAAUCUAAAUAAAUAGCAAGCACAUUUUUUGCUUGUUUUUAAUUGUAUUUGAUUGUGUAUGAAAUGAAGCAGGAGGGAUGAGGAUGUAAUAUUGUAUAGAAUGGAGUCGCAGUUUUCAGAAGAACACGGCUGUAUGCAAAUGACAAAAUACUUUGAUUUUUUUAUUAUUAAAGUUAGAUAUGUGAAUUAUUAA